UGGGAAGAUAUUAUCUUCAAAGUUUACCAUUAAAUCAAUAUCCCAAUUUGAAGAGUGUCUGCUUGGACGAUUGGCAGAAUCUUAGAUCACUUCCACAACUUCCUCCUAAUUUGGAGAUACUCUCCACAAAGAAUUGUGUGUCAUUAGAAAAAAUAGCAGAUCUAUCAAGCAUGAAAAGACUCAGUAGGCUAAAUAUUCAAAACUGCAAAAGCUUGGUUGAGCUUUCAGGCUUGGAGAGUCUUGAAUCCUUAAACUAUCUUGGGAUAGAUAAUUGCAAUGGUUUGAGGAUUCCUUUGAUUGAAAAGUGGUUCAAGGCACGCUCUAAAGGUGAUAUUGUCCAAAUUGUGGUUGGAGCGUCCAGCCGGGGCGAGGGGUUCUGCAGAUUUCCUACGCCUUGGGGGGAUGUAACGUUUGAAAUCCCCCACGAUGUGAUUGAUCCCUGCAGUAAAAUUGAAGGAAUUGAUUUGAGUGUGAGAAGGAAAAGCAGUGGUGCUUGGAUUCUUCGAAUGGAAUCCCCCAGAAUCUUUUAUUAUCCUGCGUAUUUUGAGGUUCCAACAAUGAUGGGAGAAGUAUUGGAGGUAUAGGUACAAUGUAACUUGAUCAAAGCAAUUAUAUAUGAGUGGUUUUCAUACCAUUUGGAUGGAGAUGGAGUCAAUUGGAUGAUGGAAACAAAAGGGAUCGGAGCUCAAGAA